AUGCCCUCUCAUCGUCGACGCUCGUCCUCUAGAGACCGGUCGGUAUCUCCUACUAGGAAUCGUUCUCGUUCCCGCUCUCCUGAGAGGAGGGCCUCGCUGCCAGAUGGUGUGUCUGAGAUCUCCGAAUCCGACUACUUCCUCAAGAGCGACGAGUUCAGGGUCUGGCUGAAGGAAGAGAAGGGCAAGUACUUCGAUGAGUUGUCCAGCGACAGAGCGCGAAAGUACUUCCGCAAGUUUGCGAAGGCAUGGAACAAAGGCAAAUUGUCGAGGUCCCUCUACUCCGGCGUGGACAAGACGCCGGCAAGCAGUCAGACAGCCUACAAGUGGUCUUUCGCGUCCAAAGCAUCCCGCUCAGACAAUGAUGCGCUACGCGCUGCACGCGAGGAGAUAGACAAAGCCACGUACAACCGUUCACAAUCCUCCGGAUCAUCGUCCGGCCCAUCUAGCGGACGCGUCAUGGGUCCCACGAUGCCGUCUGCGGCUGACCGCGUUCUUGUGAGGGAGACCAUGGAGGAGCGCCGUGCAGCUGAGCGAGACUACCAGCGCAAGCGAGAGAAGAAGGAGGCGAAGGAGAGAAUCGAGGACAUGGUCGGGCCGAAGGAGCUUGGGCGGGCGGGGCAGCUGGAGAAGAAGAAAGCGCAGCGCGAGGCGAACAGGGCCUUCAGGGAUAAGGGAGACGACGGCCUCGACGUGGACGAGUCGACGCUGAUGGGGGGUGGGGACAGUUUCCAAGCCCAGAUCGCGCGGCGAGAAGCGGCAAAGAGACGAUUUGAGGAGAAAAGGCAGGAAAAGAUGUCUGGAACGAGCGAGCGAGCGAACGAGCUGCGAGCCAAAGAUAAGGCCACCAUGGAUAUGUUCAUACAGAUGGCGAAGGCCAGAUAUGGCUGA